UGAGAGAGGCAUGGCCCCCGCUGCGACUAGUAGUGUGUGGUUCGGGCGCCUGUCAUGGCCUCCUACGAGAGGGAGCCUGGCUCGAAUCCGCCCGAGGUUUCCGCCCCGCCCGGAGGCUCCUCCGAAGAGCCGGUUGGAGAGAUCCUGAGAGGCUGCCUGCGCUUGCUGCCUAAGUUGGUGGGGCAGCUUAAUCUUGGAGAAGAUAUGGCGAAAAUUAACUUCGACUGGAGCAAGCUUCAAGGUGCCUCACCACUCCAGCCCGUGUUGCUCUUGACCGCUCUGCAGCAGCAUAUUUCCGUUUUACAGCCAUUUAUAGAAAAGCUCCAGUCUUUGAUUAAAGAGGAAAGCACUGUACCCGUUGAUGAUUCCAAUAAGACAGAAGGCGGAAAGUGUGAGACUAAUUCAAAUGUAAUAGAUAAAGACGUGCAGGUGGAAGUGAAACACAUAGCUUGUGGUUCUGCAAACCUGAAAGAGACUCAUGUUGAUUUUGACCCAGAAGUUGUCCAGAUAAAAGCUGGAAAAGCUGAAAUUGAAAGACGAAUAUCAGCCUUCAUUGAAAGGAAACAAGCUGAGAUCAAUGAAAACAACGUCAGAGAAUUUUGCAAUGUUAUUGAUUGUAAUCAAGAAAACAGCUGUGCUAGGACUGAUGCGGUGUUCACACCUUACCCAGGAUUCAAAAGUCAUGUGAAGGUUUCGCGAGUUGUAAAUACCUAUGGCCCUCAGACCAGAAAUGAAAGAGCUCAUGGGUCCAAUCGUAAAGCAAACGCCCUUCCUCGAGAUUGUGGGAAUCAAGCUAUAGAAGAGAGACUACUGAACAUUGAAGCUCAUUUAAGGUUACAAACAGGUGGACCAGUGCCAAAAGACAUUUAUCAAAGGAUAAAAAAACUUGAAGAUAAAAUCCUUGAAUUGGAAGGGAUGUCUCCUGAAUAUUUUCACUCUGUGAAUUUGCCUGGCAAAAGAAGGAAAAUCCAACAAAACCAAAACUACACUUUGGCCGAACUUGAUGAGAAGAUCAGUGCACUUAAGCAAACAUUGCUGAGAAAAACAAAUGAAGGGAGGCCCAAGGUGGUUGAUCAGCUUCUUUGAGUACAGCAAUGUGACUUCAUUGUGCUUUCAUGUGUACUUAGCUCCUUUAGACUGUCUGAGUACUGUUUAUCUAGGCACUAUGGUAAGGAAACUAAACAAUGCGCAUAUGAACUCGUCUAAUUCUUAUUGGAAAUCUAGAUUAAGUGAACUUCUUUGUUUCUUCAAAAUGAAGAAUGUUUUGGAAGUAGCAUUGUAAAUAUCACUUCCCUUCUGUUGGAAAAGAUGAUCUGUAGAACUGUUAAUAAUAAAAAAAACCUGUUAGCUUCAUUGCAUAAAAAUAACUGUACAUUUAAAAUGUGAUGUCACUGAUCAGACAAAUGUCUCUUGAAAUAUAGUUCUGUCCAAAGAGUGUUAUGUGAAAUGUGAUUGUUCAUUUAACUUUGUGAAGUAAAUGAGACAGAUAUGCAGAAAAAUAUAAAAGGAGUUACAGUAAUGAAAAAUUGAUAGUGCAUUUAACGAGAUGAAGGGUCUCCUGAUGAAGGAUAAUAAACUUAUCACUUAAUGACCCAGCCAGCCAGGGUUGUUUGAGAGUUAAACAACCCUCAAAUAACCCUACAACAGCCCAUGGGUUAUUUGAAGGUGUUUAACCCUCAAGCAAUCCCUGCCCAUCCAUGUUCAGAUUUAUUUAUUUAUUAAAUUUAUAUACCACCCCAUAGCCAAAGCUCUCUGGGCGGUUUAAAAAAUGUUUACAGAUGUCACGAUAAGCCAUGGCAACCCCCCACCAGCAGCUGAAUAUUCAGAUUGGCCCACAGCACACACCACAGCCCACCCUGACUUAACACAGCACCCUGUGGCUUAUUUAUCAUGCAAACUGGGCCAUUGAGUAGGGACAUCUUUUAUUCGUUCUGAAUGCCUAGGAAGGUGAAAUCCAUAUGACUCUUUCAAGGGAAGGCGAAAACAGUAAUGGCAAAUGAUUCCCUUCAAGGAAUCCGGUCACACUGAAUAAGGCCAUUAUUCCUUCCAACCCAGUACUUUUUACCCUGACAUUGGCUUUUUGAAUUCUCUCCCCCGGCAUCUUAAUCUUAUUGCGUUGAGAUUCUUUCAGUCAAGAUGCCAGAACUGAAACUGGGUGGAAUUCUACUCUGCUUGAGUAUAUGGCCAAAUCGCUACAGUUUAGCUAGGUCUUCAUGAAGAGUAAGCAUACAGACAUUGCCCUUACACAUUUCAUACCUCACCUUUUUGGCAGCAGAAUUUUGUGCUCUGGCCUUGGCCCAUUGCUGUUGAUCAAGUUAUUCAAUAAAUAACUACAGGUGCAAUCCUAUGUGUGUUCAGACAGAAAAAAAAUCCUGUUGACCAGGGAGUGCUGGUAGUUUCCGUCUAAACAUGCAUAGGGUUGUGCUCUAAAUGAAGCAAUAGCUCCCCCCACACCCACAUCCACACCCACACACCCAACAAUAUCCUGAUUCAUACUACUGCUGUGGUUAUGAACACGUAAACCCAAGUAAUAGAAAAAGUAUUGGAUGUAGGCUAGGUAAAUCUGGGUAAAAGUUUUUUCUUUAACAAUGAAGCUCAAUGCAGUGGCCUUGAGCAAACCAUGAAUUUAUUUUUCCACCUAACUUAGCUCAUGGGCUCAUUGGAGAGAAAAGAUGGAUCUUAAACCAUGUAUGUUACCUUGAAAUCUUUGAAGGAUAAUAAAUUAAUGGUAUUGAAGACAAUG